AUGGGAGCCGACGUCUCGACAUUUACAAACGACUUCUGUGAAUCCACUUGCCAAUGUCCUGCUGCAUGGCAGUCCGGCUUCCAUCGGCAAGCUGGCAUCCAGAAGUCAAGCGAGGAUUCAGCAAGAAAGGCACGCAAGGAGUACUUGAAUAAGAUCGUCCGAGAGAACAAGUAUGAACCUGUUCCCUAUACCACCAAAAACAUGCGAUACCAAAACGACAAGCCCCCAGCCAAUGCUCCAUCCAAUGACGUCUAUGCCGAGACCCUCGACGCUGUCCGAGCUUACAGGAGCGAGGUCAACGUGAAUAACGUUGAGCAGCGGAGCAAGGAGCUUAAGGAGCUGAAGCGGAGGUUGCUGGAAGAACACGACAGGAGACUAGAAGCGAAGCGCGCGUGA